AAUCUCCCGCGACGGUCCGGCAUAUUCCGCUAUGGCUUCGAGAUUAGAGAUCAAUUUUGUUAGGUUGCUGUCUCGCUGUGAAUCUAUCGCUUCAGAGAAGAGAGGAGAGACUGAAUGGCGACUGGAAAAGUAUGUUGGUGCUCUGGAGGAGAUGUUGGCGGCUCUGCGGAAAAGUCCUAGCAAACCCACACCUGAGAUCCUGACUGAAUAUACAAGAAAAGUAGAUUUUCUGAAGGGACUUCUGGAAGCUGAGAAGCUGACCUCUGCUACUGAAAAAGCGCUGGCGAACCAGUUUCUGGCUCCCGGGAGAACACCCACCAUAUCCACUGAGAGGAUGCCUGCUACCAAGACCGUCCACAUCCAGACCAAAGCUCGGUGCACAGGAGAGAUGAGGCACGAGCUGCUUGGAACGGGUUGGUCAGAAAAAGGUACCUCUGAAGCAGACCUGCGCAACAGAAGAGGUUUACCCCUGGACGAGCGCCAGUCGGCGGCCGAACUAGACGCCGUCCUGCAGCAUCACCACAACCUGCAGGAGAAGUUGGCAGAGGACAUGCUGAACUUGGCCCGCAACCUGAAGAACAACACACUGGCUGCCCAGAACAUCAUCAAGCAAGACAAUCAGACUCUGGGGCAGUCGAUGCGACAGGCCGACCUGAACUUUGAGAAGUUGAAAACCGAGUCGGAGAGGCUGGAGCAGCACACCAAGAAGUCUGUGAACUGGCUGCUGUGGCUGAUGCUCAUCCUGGUGUCCUUCACCUUCAUCAGCAUGAUCCUCUUCAUCAGAAUCUUCCCCCGCCUCAGAUGAUGUCACCGCCAAACUGCGUUAGACCCACAGGACGUUCGUGCAUCUGAACCAAAGUGGCUCUUCAGCACAGGCCACCGCGCGAUUCAGGACGUCGAACAGACAUUUGAGCGAAGCCGUCUGCUGACUGCGAGUCAGAGCCUUACGUGACUUCACAUCCGUCACUGCUACAACCCUGCGCCUUUUACUGACAGAGUAAAGGAAGCUGUCCAACACCGAACAGAGGAUUCACUGGUUCACUAGGACCUAAAAAGUCGACAUUACUAUUUCAUGUUUUUAUGUUGGUGAAUUGUCAUCAUGUGUGAUAGAAGCUGUCGGUGCAGAACUAGUGUUUUUAGUGGAUCGUGUUACCCAGCAGGCAAAGGACACUGCAGUCGGAUGGUUGUGAAGAGAAUAAUAAGGGAGUCAGGUUCACCUUAGAUCAUCAUGGAUAUUUGGACUGACUCACUUCACACACACUUCAGUGCAAAACGAUUCCAGUAGAUGUUCAGAUCAUAUUUUGAGGUCAUAAUUAAUUCAUUAUAAAAAGUUCUAAAAGGCUACAUUCAUAUCAUCAAAGUACUAAAAAUAAUUUAAGUGAAAAAAAUUAUAACAUAUAGAGAAAAAUGAAUAAUAGGCUAGUCUUGAUGGUGGAUUUUCUUGAGAAAAUAUUCAACAAAACUAGUGAUGCUCUCAGUGAUGAUUCUGCACAAGAAAAGGUUAAGUAAUUGUCGGGGAAGGACUAGUUUCACAAACCUACUGCUUCAAUGCACAAACAUAUUUUAGGGUCAGCUAGCAUAUUAUGAAUUUCGAAAUUUGGUAAGAAAGGAAAAUGGAGGUUGAUAAAUCAAUUUGUUGCGAGGCAAACAUUCCCAUGACAAAAUGUGGAGUGGUCAUCUUAACUUGAAUCUGGAAAGUCUUUAAUCCGGAUCAGGUCCUGGUGUGAAAGGGAGUCUGACAUCUUCGAGAGUGUUGUGUCGAAACGUGUUCACUUCCGGUGUGAUGACGCGUGUGUGUGUUGUUCUUGUUGCGUGUAAUAAAUGUGACU